UCUAAAUUUGUUGAAAUAGUUGCUUGAAUAGGUGCCCUUGUUGUUUUUCAAUUCUUUGUUUUUUUUCGGGAUUCGAUUCGAACUGAAACUGAUCCAAACUCAAAUUUUGUAAUCAUGUUACAAAUCGCAUCAUCAAUUGGCAGUAAAAGCCAUCGAUUUUUGGAUCAAACAUUAUUAAAAACAUUUACAUUACGAUCAAAUUGUUUAUUACAAUUGGAUAAAAAUAAUAUUCAUGAAUCGAAAAUUGUAAAUUCGAAUAAACAGGAAAAUGCUGUUGAAACUCAAUCACAGCAACAACAAGAAUCAGCUGUUGCGACAAGAAAACGUUAUUCACCAUUUGUUAAUACAUCGAAUUCAGCCGAAUAUGUAUUGGCCAGAGCUGAUGAUCUGCUGAAUUGGGGUCGUAAAAAUUCAUUAUGGCCAUUAACAUUCGGUUUGGCUUGUUGUGCUGUUGAAAUGAUGCAUAUUGCUGCUCCACGUUAUGAUAUGGAUCGUUUUGGUGUUGUAUUUCGUGCAUCACCACGACAAGCUGAUGUUAUAUUGGUGGCCGGAACAUUAACAAAUAAAAUGGCGCCGGCUAUCCGUCGUAUUUACGAUCAAAUGCUCGAACCAAAAUGGGUAAUAUCGAUGGGUAGCUGUGCAAAUGGUGGUGGUUAUUAUCAUUAUUCAUAUUCAGUUGUACGUGGUUGUGAUCGUAUUAUACCGGUCGAUAUUUAUGUACCUGGUUGUCCACCAACAGCUGAAGCAUUAUUUUAUGGAAUAUUACAAUUACAGAAAAAAAUUAAACGUCAAAGUUUUGCACAAAUGUGGUAUCGUAAAUAAAUUUUGAAGAAAAAUCCUCAUUCAAAGAAAA